AAAAUGUAGUUGGCAAAGCCUACUGCUAAAGCAACCAACCUCAAACCAUGAAGCCAGGAGAUCCCAGGCUCGUGCCAUGCUGUGUCCUGGUUCCUGGUCAUGUUUGGUUUCUCUGUGAUGUCUCCGUCGUGCUUACGUGUGUGCCUGCCUUUGGGUAGCUCCUGAAUCAUGCCCCUGGAGUAGGGGCUGCAGGGACAACCUUGGUUUAUUCUGCAGAGCACAAGUAGCUGUGGAGGGUGGUGACUUGGCAUAUCCUAGUGUUCACCUGUGUUUUGUAACAGGGAAUUUCUCCAAAUACAUGGUGGGGUUUUUUACUCCAGUGUUAUCAUUUCCCAGUCCUCAUCCCUUAAAGGAAGGGAGUAAAUAAUCACAUCUGGUAUUUGUUUAAGCAGAGAAAGGAACUAAGAAGUUCCUAGUCUCUUGUUCAGUUGAAGAGGACAAGCCAAUGUCUUUCUCGAGGCACAUAGCUGCUGAGGUGCACGAUGCCAGGGACUCUCCCAUCCUGUCUUAUCAUCUUCAUCAACCAUCCUGUUGACUAUAGAGUUGUUUCUGGCUUUCUUCAAAGCCCGUACGACUAUUUUAUCAAUCCUGAGAAAAGCGAGAACCUUUAACUGUGCAACAGGAUGGCUUAAUUGCAAGAUUUAUAGUGUCCCUUGCUUUCUCCGUGUGUCACAGCAUCUCUUAAGAAAACUACUGGAAGAUGUGCUUAAAAUAGCAGCUGUUCCACAGAACUUGAGAACUCUUGAUUGUCCCUUUCCACAAACCUCGCCCCUCAUAGACUUCAGAAGGGGCAAACUCAAGGCAGUAAAUGAUGUCUGAAUUCAACAGCAUUACAGCUUUGCUUUUAAUGUAUAAGUUUUUGAGUCAAUUAUCCUAUGACUCAGUGGUUUCAUGAUUUCUUAAGCUGUUAUGUACACUAAUUUUCUUUUGGCUAACUGCUGAAGGGAGACAUUUGUUUCUGGAGGGCAUCAGCUGUGCCUGAACCCCAGAGCACAGGGUUAACAGAGCCCGUAAUUACAGAGCAUCAGCGAAAGCUUCCUCACUGUGAAAGGUGCAGCUCUCUUCCUACCACGAGGAAAUGGGUCGUCUACUCCCAGGAUCAGUCACAGGCGCAACAAGCAUGCAGGCUGUAAGACUGGAAAGCACCUACCAGAACCGCACCAGAUACAUGGUGGUAGUGUCCACCAACGGCAGACAAGACACCGAAGAGAGCAUUGUCCUAGGAAUGGAUUUCUCUUCCAAUGACAGUAGCACUUGUACAAUGGGCUUGGUGCUGCCGCUGUGGAGUGACACCUUGAUCCACCUGGAUGGGGAUGGAGGGUUCAGCGUAUCAACAGAUAACAGGGUUCACAUAUUCAAGCCGGUGUCUGUACAGGCAAUGUGGUCUGCUCUGCAGAGUUUACAUAAAGCUUGCGAGGUGGCACGGAGCAACAAUUACUACCCAGGGAGCCUCUUCCUCACAUGGGUCAGUUACUAUGAGAGCCAUAUCAACUCCGACCAGUCGUCAGUCAAUGAGUGGAAUGCCAUGCAAGAUGUCCAGUCCCACCGGCCCGAUUCGCCCGCCCUCUUCACAGAUGUUCCAACUGAGCGGGAACGCACAGAACGGCUGAUUAAGACCAAGUUAAGGGAGAUCAUGAUGCAGAAAGAUUUGGAGAACAUCACCUCAAAAGAGAUACGCACCGAGCUGGAGAUGCAGAUGGUGUGUAACCUGCGGGAGUUCAAAGAGUUCAUUGACAAUGAGAUGAUAGUGAUCCUCGGGCAGAUGGACAGCCCCACACAGAUAUUUGAUCAUGUCUUUUUGGGCUCAGAAUGGAACGCCUCCAAUUUGGAAGACUUGCAGAACAGAGGGGUGAGGUAUAUCUUGAACGUGACUCGAGAAAUAGAUAACUUCUUCCCAGGGCUCUUCGAAUACCAUAAUAUUCGGGUGUAUGAUGAAGAAGCAACAGAUCUUCUGGCUUACUGGAAUGACACCUACAAAUUCAUCUCCAAGGCAAAGAAAAAUGGUUCCAAGUGCCUGGUGCACUGCAAGAUGGGAGUGAGCCGCUCGGCAUCCACAGUGAUUGCCUAUGCCAUGAAGGAAUACGGCUGGAACCUGGACAGGGCAUAUGACUACGUGAAGGAACGGCGCACCGUCACCAAGCCCAACCCCAGCUUUAUGCGGCAGCUGGAGGAAUACCAAGGGAUCCUGCUGGCCAGCAAACAGCGGCAUAAUAAACUGUGGCGCUCGCACUCGGACAGUGACCUCUCGGACCAUCACGAGCCCAUCUGCAAGUCAGGGCUGGAGCUGAACAAAAAGGAGAUCACCACGUCGGCCGACCAGAUCUCAGAGGCAAAGACCAACGACAACCAGCAGCCCAUGUCUCCCAUCUACUCAGCUGAGCUAGACAGGGAGCAGCAGCUCCCAGAGGAUGCCAACAUGAUUGAGGAGGUGUGUGUGAAGGAGAGAAGGAUUCACCUAGAGUUUACAUGUCGAGAAUUCCACGCUGAGCAGAUGGAGGACAAGCUGAACCUGAACAAUAUCAAUGGCUGUACGGCAGGAUGUUGUGUAGACUCUGUUCCCCCUGAUAACUGCCGUGCUUCUGAGGCCUUAAUGCAACUCCAGCACCCUUUGGAAAUAACAGAGUUCCCUGAUUUGACAGUGGACGAUCUGGAAAAAGAUGCCCUUAAGCCUGAUAUGAACGUGCACUUGGUUCCCAUGGAAGAAUUCACUUCGUGCUUAAAAGACUUUCCCCAAACCCCAAACCAAAAUUCCCCAAGUCUCCAGCAGAAUCCCCAGCCCGCAGUGACAGAGCUCAGUACAGACAGGAUUGAUUUCUUCAGUGCUUUGGGGAAAUUCGUGGAGCUUUCCCAGGAGAGCCGGUCACGCACUUGUUCCCAUUCCAGGAUGGAGGAGCAAGGAAGUGGAAGGAACGGGGUCUCCAGGGUGCCUGUGCUGGAAGUGCCGCCUGCUGUCGAUGGGGGUGCAGAUACUCGAAGGAGCAGCUCUGGAAACUCUCCUCAGGCAUCAGAUGACUCCUCCACAGAUGAAGAACAGCAAAAGGAGGUCCCCGAGCUGCCCAGCACAGGCCAUCUCACCAGAUCCCACUCGGAAAACGCCAUUUCUGUGAAGGAAAUCAUCACAGAGAUCGAGUCAAUCAACCAGGCAGCAGGACCUGCCCAGCAGAAAGAGGGUUCAGCCAACCUCACCCAGACACCAAAGAGGAACACGGUGCAUGACCUGCCAGUGGAGGCGAUUUGGGCAUCAGAAAGGGUGGAACAGAGCGAAGGAGCCUGUGCUGGACACCAGGAAAAGGAGAAGGACCCUGCGCAAGCUGAGCAAGAAGCUGCCCCCUCCCUUCAGCCAUCUUCUGGUAAAUCAGACUUGGGGGAAAGCAGCCCUGGAGGGGAGCAGCAAGAGCCCCGUGGCUCCAUAAACCCUGAGCCCAAGUGGUGCCCUGGCUCUGUCCGACGAGCAACCCUGGAGUUUGAGGAGCGCUUGAGGCAGGAGCAGGAGCACCAGCACACAUCCCCGGUGUGCAUCUUACCCACGCGCAAGAACUCCAGGAACGACUCUCCUGCUGCUGAGCUCCUGCUGCGGGGAAGGAGCGAGGAGCCACCCCUGGAGCUGGCUCCAGAGGGUGACAAAGGACGGGGUCCAGGCAACGAGGAGCUGCCUCUGCCUCCUGGAGCAGAGCUGCCUGUGGGCAGGCACCUGCCUGCACAGGAAUCCCUGCCUGCAGAGCCCAGCCUGGGGCGGGAGGGAAUGGCACAGGAGCGCAGGACAGUAGUCUCAUUUGAUGGGAUGGAGGAGCCAGCCCUGCACUCUCUCCUCCCAAAGAGAAUUGAAAUCAUUGAAUACACUCCCAUGGUCAAGUCUGCAGAGCGCCCCAAUGCAAGCUGUGAGCAGGGAGGGCUGGACACAGCCAUCCCCUCUUUAGAUGAAAACUUGAAUCCUUCCUUGUGCUCGACCUAUCCCCAAGCUCCAACGCUGGUAAACCUCUCACCGGAGCACGCGGUACACAAGCAGGUCACCUGCACUGUGGGCAGCCCCAGCGAGGACAGUGGUGGGUUAUCUGCUCACCUCGGUGCUGCUUCUCCCUCUGCCCAGGUGACCUCUACACCUUCAGCCAGCCCAGAUCACGCUUCUCACCCCUGUGUAAUUCACCUGGAAGGUGUCACUGAGCAGAGCACGGGUACUGAUGACGAGCCGGUCACACCGUGUGGCGUGGAGGGAGAUGCAGCUCUCCCAUUCAGGGACAGACCUGUCUGCAGGGGCGGUGCCGGCACCUCGAGGCAGCUGAGCGGCGAGGACUUCACCAGCCAACGUGAUGAAAACAUGGACCUUUUGGACAUCUCCUUCCUGUGUUACGGCCUCCCCCACAGCUCCAGCAGCCGCAGCGUGGAGGAGCGCAGCAACAGCCCUGGGCUGGUCAAGCAGCGAGCGAAGGAGAUAGAGGCUCGGAUCCGGCACGCGGGGCUCACCACACCAUCCCACAUGAAACGCUCGGCGUCCUUGGCCAAACUGGACUGCCUGGACCUCUCCAAGGAUGACUUAUCCGAGAGGGAGUCAGCCUCUUCCAAUGCCAACCCGGUGCUUCUCACCUGCGUUGCCCUGGGUCGAGGCUUUCGCGGGGGGCGGUUGGAGAGGGAUUCGUGUGGAAAGCAUCGCCUUUCCUCCCCGGAGCCCGCUAAGCAUUUUGUGGAACAGCUCAGAACAACCGAGUGCAUUGCCCAGAGCAAGCCUGUGGAGAGGCCGCUAGCUCAGUACGCCAAAGAGUGCGGCUCCAGCCAGCAGAGCUUGUUUUCCAGCACGGAUCCAACGUGGACUAGCUCUGAGGAGGGUCCUCCGCUGCUCCAGGCGCAGGUCCUGGACUCCUUGUCUCCAGCUCGAGGUCUGGCUGUCACACCACGGCAGCAGCAUGGGAGAACUCACCCUCUGAGGAGGCUCAAAAAGACCAAUGAUAAAAAGCGGACAACCAAUCCCCUCUACAACACAAUGUGAUCCUGAGCCCUCGGCUGGGAUUUCUCCACAGAACCCAUGGCGUUGCGUUCACCCAAGGGGCAGGUGUAAUAUAAGGAACAUGCACUUUAUUGGUUAAUUUUAUAUAUAUUGUCAUUUUACUGUUCCUGGCGCAUGUAGGUGUGGGUUGGUUCUUCUGUGUGUGACUCUGACUGCAGGACUGUUUGGGUUUUUUAAGUUUUUUAACUCUGAUAACCUCAAAUGUUCUUUUUUGUUUGUUUGUUUGUUUUAAAAGAACACUUCUGUCAUGUGAAAGCGGAUGUUAGCUUGCUUUGGCAAGGUGGGGUUGUGCUUAGAACCAGAUCCUAGUUCCUAACUUGAAUUUUCCCCGUGCUUUGAAAUGGUGCUGAGCAGUUGCUGGGGCCAGAGCCCCCAUAAAUGUGAAGGCUUGUGCCAAGGUCCCUUUGGCCUUUCUUUUACUUCUGCAAACUGGAACUCCACGAUGCUGGCAGAUCACUCAAAAGCUGCUGCAGGACAAACCCCUUCGGGCUCAGUUUGGUUGGUGCAUCCUCAGAAGGAGCAUGUGGGUAAAUCCUGAUGGAUGGGCUCCAAAAACCCCAGAGAUCAGAUCAGCGCUCACCUCCUGGUGCAGAUCAUGGAGAGCUCCUCCAUGAGCUCCAAGCUCUCAACUGCCCCAAACCAUCGUGUGAGAGGAGGAGACCCCCCAAAGCCAGAGUGUUCUUUUAAAACAAACGCCUCGUUAGGGUUUAAACCCUCCCAUUACUUGAAUACUGCUGUGGGCCUUCCAAGUUCAUGGCCAUAUCAUCUGUCCUCUGCUCUCCUGCUGCCUCCCCUCUGCCUGAGAGUCAUUCUUGUCUCCUCGUGCUGCCUGAGUUUUCCUCUCCCCUCUGCUCACGGGCACUUCUGGGCACUCCCAAACCUGUUGUUACACGAUGCGUUGCCCCUGCUGAAUGCAAAGCUUUGUCCUCUCUGCUGUGUCACUCCCAGCACCUGGAGGGAAGAGCUUUUCUGGAUUCUUUUUCCCUUUAUUUUUUUUGGCGUAAAUUGGAUAUAUGAUAUUUAUGGAGGUUUGGGGUUUUUUUGUUUUGUUUUGGGUUUUUUUGUUAUUUCUAUGUUUUGGUUUUGGGUUUUUUUUUUUUUACAAAGGGCAAGACUGCAUUCUGUAAACUGGAAAACAAACCCACCUUACUCAAACUCAGUGCUGUUCAUUGUAAUCUGCCCAGAAAUGGGAGUGGAUUUGAUGUUGGAACCUGUCUUCCUUUUCCAGAAGUGAGCCUCCAUGCCAGCCUUUGCCAAAUGUGUCCCUUCUCCUCCAGUCCUGUGUGAACCCCCAUCAGGAGGGGGACCGUGUAUCUGCCCCUCUCCCUCCUGCUGGAAGCUGGGUUUCAGAAGUGCCAGUUGGAUGUGGAAAGCCAUGGGCUGCUCUGAGCCAUUCUGCAGGUUCUUGCUUCCCUGUGUUCUCCAGGGAAAUGAACCUCCAGUAAAUGGUUUUGUGGUUCCUGAGCAGUUUGGUUAGAUCAAAGCUCCUCAUUACUAGCCGUGCAUAUCAGCCACUUGUAUGUGUGCUGUAGGAAGGCACUUGGAGAGCUCUGGGUCCUGUCUGCAGGCCUGUGGAAGGUCUAUGACAGAAGAUUGUGUGAGCUGGUGCUUGGCUUUAGCCCAGAUCUGCCCUCCGGGGAGGAGCGAAGCACAGAGAAGCUGCAGAAUGGCUCCAGCUGCUGAAAGCCCAGCAUGGAGAGGACACGGGGUGGGAGGAGCAGCAGACAAGGCUGUGCCUAGAAAGCGGUGCUGAUGCUGCAGGCUCCGAUGGGACAAGCUCAGCUUGAGCUGGAGAGGAAUGCACGGCACCGGAGUGCUGUGGAGUAUUGGGAAGCAGCAUGUGUCUGCCCUGGGGAAGGGGUGUCCAUAACCCCACAGGUGAGGAUCCCACCUCCCUGCUCUCCUGUAGCUCCCAAGGAUUGUCCCCCAUUCCCACAGCAUGGGGCUGUGUGUCUGUCCUCCAGCAGUAGCACGUGCUUCAUCCCUCCUUCCCAAGGAGCUUGGGCUCUGUCACCCGUGCUAGCUGCGGGCUGGAGCACAGCCCGAAGUAGCCCAGCUUGGGUCACAUAGCACGUCAUUGCAGGCCAUUUCGGUCACUAGAAGCCACCCAAGUCCCUCGCCCAGGAGGCCAGAUACUUCUUUGGGACAUGGAAAGACAUUUGGCUUCUCCUAGCCAGCUCCAGCUGGCUCCGGAGCUGGGCAAGCACUGUGGAAAGGCCAAGUGGCUCAUGUCAUCGUGUGAAGGACAAUUCCAGGCCUUGCCUCCCCCAUAAACCUCCCCAGACCCCACUGCCCACCAUUCCCAAGGACACAUCUGCCUGCUCCUUGGAAGGGACAGGGUGCCACCAGGCCUGCCCUGCGUUGGAGGGAGCAGCGUGCGUGGCUGGCUGCAUCUCCUGGUGACAAGGAUCUGCUUGGGAGGGGAAAGCUCUGUGUGUAAUUUGUUCCCUUGAGAAGGGAGGAGGAGGAAGGGAAGCUGGUUUCUUUGCCCAGCUUGAUCUCAGGAGAAAUUCCCUAUAGAAAGGCUCUUCCAUGCAGACCAGAAAUGCUGCUUCCUUCCACUACUCUACUGCUGUCUGAGUGCUUCAGCUGGGGAGAGCAGCCAAAGGGCUCAGCUCUGUCCCAGCAUGGCUCUGGUUUUAAUCUGUGGUUUUAAUCGAAGGGAGUUGGGGAAGGUGGUUCCAUUGCAGAGCUGUGAAGGUGUUGGAGGGCUGGAUGGAGGCUCAGACCGGGAUGGCAGAAAGGGGAAGGGGCUGGAGGGACAUGUCACAUGCAGCUCUCCGGUCUCUGGGCAAUAAAGCCACCAAGCCCCUGGCAUCAGAGGUCUCUGCCUGGGGAUGGUUGUCCCUUCACACUGAUGGCUCAUGGAUGUGUGGUGGUUCACUCCAGUUCCUUUGGCCACCCCAUGAGAGCUUCUUGUGACCCGCUGAGCACCCCGGGGAGCUCAGGCCUUGCUGAUAGAGGGGUUUUAGGCGAAACGUGUUGUUUUAAGGGCAUUUUUGUACAAAGCAACUGUUCUUUUGGUCUUGCGAAGCCCUCUCGGAGGACGCUGCGUUGUUUACAUUGACUCCUGUACAAUAUCUCAGCCAUCGCCUCCCCUCGCCCGCCCCGGCUCCGGCUGUACUGUAACGUGUGAGCCUUGCACAAACGGAUCGUGUGUGUGUGAACCUGGUUUGUACACUGUUCUGUUGCACUCGGUGGUGUGUGUGUGUGUGUGUCUGGUCUGCUUGAGAAGUUGUGACCUGUACAAAUCUCCUUUCAGCCCUUUCCUGGGGGCACGGUCCCAGCGCGGUGGCAGGAGGGGGUCGGGAGGUGAUGGGGCAGGGGUUAGCUCCGUGUCCCUUUGCCAGCGAAGGGCUGGUGGAAGGGAACCCAGCGCAGCUCCAGCUGCUCCGGGGAGCUCCUGGGAGGGGGGGAUUGGCACUGGGGCACUGCUGCUGCUCCCGGCUCCAAGCACUCUCCCAGCCCAGCAGAAGGAGGAAGCCAUACCCACUGCAGGUCCCCUGCUCCCAUCAUGGUGCGUCCUGCCUUAAUCUGGUCCCAGCUCCAUGCACCCCCCCCAUGCUUCUCCCUAAGGGAGGGACCCCCCCAAGCCCUUGCUGGUGUGGGACAGAGGCAGGCGCUGGCCUGGCACGGGAGGGGUCCAGGCUCUUGGUCACCCUCCAGCAGUGCUGCCAGAGGUGCUAACAGCCCGCCCGCGCUGCAGACAUCUCUGUUGGCACAAAAGGUGGUGCCAGUGCCUUUUAUUUUCCUUUAUGGAGAUGUGACGUCCGUGCUGGUGCGUAGGGAUCACCUCGGGGGUGGCUGGUGCUGGAGUUGCAAACCGGGGGGCGCUUCCGUCUGCUCCUCCUGGAUCUUCCUUGGUGGCUGGGAUCGUCCCCUUCCCCCCUAAAGACUUUAUGACCGAUGUGCUCAGCUGUUUUUAAAUGUGAACUUGUGCACUGAUGCGCAGAUUCAAUGUUCUUGUUACCGAAUAAAGUUUUAUUUUGAAGAUGA